CAGAGCGAGUGAUCCAUGUUUAAGACGAAGACAAAAUGCUCCGUUCCCAGUCCCCUCGGUCUUUCCUUCUUCCUUCCUUCAAGCCCCCUUGAUCUUCAUUCGCUUCACCUUUCUUCUUCUUCUUCUUCCUUAAAUUUCACGCUAGUUCUUCGUUAAUCUCAGUAUCGUCAUUGCGUUUCUCUCUGAUUCACGAGCAUGUAAUGCUAUUUUGCUGAUUUUUCUGAGAUUUGAUCGCUCCACGAUGAAUCUCGGGACGAAAUCUUUCUGGUUUGUUCUGAUUCUCCUUGUUCAGUCGCAAUCUCUGAUACUACGCACUUCUUCUGCUUCGUUCUCCGCUCCGCUGAACUGUACGGAUACCAACAGGCUGUGCUCGUCGUUCUUGGCCUUCAAGCCGAGACCGGACCAAACCCUCGCGGUGAUUCAGAGCAUGUUCGACGUCUUGCCGGGGGACGUCACCGCGGAAGGCAACAGCAGGGACUACGUGUUCGUUCGCAAGAACUGUUCCUGCGCUCCGGCUAUGAAGAAGUAUGUGACCAACACCACGUACACUGUGCCGCAAAAUGGCGGAUCUGUGUAUGAUAUGGUGGUGGAGGCUUAUGAUGGAUUGGCCUUUUUGCCGAAUUCCUCCCGUUCGGCUCGGGCAGGGGCGGUGGUGUCGUUGCACUUGCUCUGCGGUUGUUCGAGCGGGCUGUGGAAUUACUUGAUGAGCUAUGUGUUCAGGGAUGGGGAUACCGUUGAGUCCUUAGCGAGUAGAUUUGGGGUUAGUAUGGAUAGUAUUGAGACUGUGAAUGGGAUUGCUAGUCCUGAUAAUGUGACCAUUGGUGCACUCUACUAUAUUCCGCUGAAUUCAGUUCCUGGCGAGCCAUAUUCUAUAGAGAAUAACAUCCCUCCAGCUCCUGUUCCUGUGCCAUCUGUUGAAAGUGUUACAGAAAAUCAUGUGAAUCAUAAGUCUCAUGUGCCAUAUGGGUGGAUCGUCGGAAGUUUGGGAUUUGGUUUGGCGCUGAUCAUUCUAGUUAUAGUUCUUUUUUUCUCUUUAAGAUCUUCAAGGUGCUUCUCUGAAACCCAGGGAUCUGGAGGGAAAAAUCUUGAUCAGAAAAUCUCUCAUAAGUUCCAUAUUCUUCGUAACACAAGCUUCUGUUGUGCUUCUGGGAGGUACAUCUGUGGCAAGUCUGGAGAUAUCAAGCAUACUAAUGGAGAAUCUAGUGACCACCAGAUAAAUAUUCCAAAAGUUAUCAGCAAUGAUGUUUUUGAGAUGGAGAAACCUGUGGUUUUCACCUUUGAGGAAAUUUUAUCUUCUACUGAUGGCUUUUCCGAUUCAAAUCUUCUGGGUCAUGGAACUUAUGGCUCUGUGUAUUAUGGCCUUCUCCGAGACCAGGAAGUUGCAAUCAAAAGAAUGACUGCUACAAAGACCAAGGAAUUUAUGGCAGAAAUGAAAGUUCUUUGCAAGGUUCAUCAUACAAAUUUGGUAGAAUUGAUUGGUUAUGCAGCAAGUGAGGAUGAGCUCUUCCUCAUUUAUGAAUAUGCCCAGAAGGGUUCACUUAGAAGCCAUUUACAUGAUCCUACGAGCAAGGGUCAUCCUUCACUUUCUUGGAUCUUGAGGCUUCAGAUUGCACUUGAUACUGCUAGAGGUCUGGAGUACAUCCAUGAGCAUACUAAACCUCAUUAUGUGCAUCGAGAUAUUAAGACCAGCAACAUCUUACUUGAUGGUGCCUUUCAAGCAAAGAUUUCAGAUUUUGGGCUGGCAAAACUUGUUGGAAAAACUACUGAAGGAGAAGCUUCAGCAACAAGAGUUGUUGGAACUUUUGGUUAUUUGGCUCCAGAAUAUUUGCGGGAUGGUCUUGCAACAACAAAAAGUGAUGUCUAUGCAUUUGGUGUUGUUCUUUUUGAGAUUAUAUCAGGAAAGGAAGCCAUAGCGCAAACAGAAGGCAUUGUGAUGAAAAAUCCUGGAAGGCGUUCAUUGGCUUCCAUUAUGUUAGCAGCUCUCAGGAAUUCACCUGACUCUAUGACUAUGUCAAGCUUGAAAGAUCACAUUGAUCCUAACCUUAUGGAUCUCUACCCCCAUGACUGUCUUUUCAAGGUGGCCAUGUUGGCAAAGCAAUGCGUUGAUGAAGAUCCCAUUUUGCGGCCAGACAUGAAGCAAGUUGUGAUAUCCUUGUCCCAGAUCCUUCUAUCAUCUGUCGAGUGGGAAGCAACUCUUGCCGGGAAUAGUCAAGUAUUCAGUGGUCUUGUUCAGGGAAGAUAGAUUAGCCGAUGGAGCUCGUCCAUACUGAGUCCUGCUGCUACCCUUUCUUUCUUUCUUCCUCCCUCGUUCCCUCCUCAUAAAAUACCUGUGCAGAGUUGUGUGUGUGUAUAGUUAGUUGCAUAGAUUUUCCAGCUGUAAGUGGUAAUAAUUCCCCUAUCACUCAUAGGUGUAAUCUAUUCCCUUAUGCUUGCUGCUUCC